CUCGCUGCCAUCGCCGCUGCUUUCCACCCGCGCUUUCCAACACCCGACGCCGCACUCGCUCGAGCGAAAAUCGUUCAUUUUCGACGGGUAGGUUUUCGCAGACGGACGGAGCAAAGAUUUGUGCAUCGAAAAUUGCAAUUUUCACAUUUAAAGCCGUGUGUUCCGCACCACAGACAUUGGAAAAGAGUUUGCCGCACUUGUGCGAAAACGCAGGUCCAAAAAGAAAACGCGGCUGAAAGGCGAUUGGCCGAAAAUUCGACCUGGAACUGGAAGGCAAUUGCGUGUGAAAAAAAAAGAAGAGCAAAGGCUAAAUCCGUCGAGAAAUCGUUGUCGUCGCGCUCGCUAUAAUUGUUUGCUUUUGGCCAGAGAAAUUCGUGUGUGCCUGUUGGCAAAAAACACUUAAUAAUAGUCUGUAUUUCGGGUGUGAGUGAGAAGUGAAGUAAUAGCCAAGAUGAGCGGGGGAUUGCCGGAGUUAGGCUCCAAAAUCAGCCUCAUUUCCAAGGCGGACAUUCGAUAUGAGGGCCGCCUGUACACCGUGGAUCCGCAGGAGUGCACCAUUGCGCUAUCGAGUGUGCGGUCUUUCGGAACUGAGGAUCGGGACACCCAGUUCCAGAUAGCGCCGCAGUCGCAGAUCUACGACUAUAUCCUCUUCCGGGGAUCGGACAUCAAGGACAUUCGCGUCGUCAACAACCAUACGCUGCCGCACCACAAUGACCCGGCGAUCAUGCAGGCGCAGCUCCAGAACGGACCGCCCCAGAUGCCGCAACACUUUUCCAUGCCCAGCGGGAUGAGCGCUCCGUCGCAGCAGCAGCAACAGGUACCGUCGCAGCAGCAGCAGCCGCCCCAGUUGCCAGGUGGAGGUGGUAGCGGUGGCGCAGGCGGAGGAGGAGCUCCCGGUGGUGGUGCCCCAGGCUACGGCAACGGUAAUCCGUUCGGCAACCUCGGCGGCCCCAAUCUGGCCAACAUGGUGGGCAAUACGGGCGGAUCACUUGCUCCGGGAUCUGGAGCCCCAGGCAGCGGACCCUUUAUGCACAUCGGUGGGAAUCAGCAACAGCAGAAGCCGCAGCAGCAAAAACAGCCAAUUUCCGUUUUAGACAUGCUGGCCGGAGCCUCGCGCUCCACGACGCCCAUUAGCCUGAUUGUGAGUCCCACGGCGGAGCUGACCCAGCAGCAGCAGCAACUGCACCAGCAACAAAACACUGGCCAGGGUGGCAACGGACGCGAUGCAGGUCAUAAGCGCCAGAACCACCAGCAGCACCAGAAUCAGCAGCAGCAGCAGGCGCAGCAACAGCGAGGCGGCGGUUCCAGCCACAACAACAUGCAACAACAGCAGCAACAGCGCGGCGGCAGUGGCACGGACUUUUACAACCAGCACCACCAGCAGCGGGAUCGUCGUGACUCCGGCCGUCAGAUGGAUAACAACUUCAGCAACAAUUACAAUAAUAAUCAGCGUAAUCGCGGCGGCGGUAAUGGCAUGCAACAGCAACAGCAGCGAGGAGGAAACGGUGGUGGUAAUGGAGCUGGCGGAAAUGGAGGUGGUAACAACGCAGCCUGGAACAUGCACCGCGGUGGCCAGAACUCGAACAACAUGAUGAUGCGUAAUCGCGGAAUGGGUUCCAGAGGGCCCAUGCGACCCAAUCAGGGCUAUCGUCCACAGUCGGCUAAUCAGAACAAGCCUCGCAACAAGAUCAAGUUCGAGGGCGAUUUUGAUUUUGAGCAAGCCAACAAUAAGUUCGAAGAACUGCGCACCCAGCUGGCCAAGCUUAAGGUGGCCGAGGAUGCCACCGCCAAGACAUCCACAAACUCUUCGGCAACCACUGCAACUGCAACCAAUGAGCAGGUGGGUGAGAAGGUUGAAGGCGUUCAUACAUUGAAUGGCGAGACCGACAAAAAGGAUGACUCUGGCAAUGAGACCGGCGCUGGCGAGCACGAACCCGAAGAGGAUGACGUUGCUGUGUGCUACGAUAAGACCAAAUCGUUCUUCGACAACAUCUCGUGUGAAGCUGCCCAGGAUCGCAGCAAGAACAAGAAGAAUGAUUGGCGCCAGGAGCGCAAGUUGAACACGGAAACCUUCGGAGUGUCGUCGACGCGACGGGGCAGCUACCGCGGACGCAAUCAUUACUACAAUAACAAUGGCAACAUGGGCGGAGCAGGCAACGGAGGCAUGAACUCUGGGUACGGAGGUGCGCCCGGAUAUAACCGAAACAACUAUCGCAUGGGCGGCGGUGGAAACUUCCGCAACAGGAGCAACAAUCGCAAUAACGGCGGCGGCAACCGUAGCGGUAACGGAAUGCCAAACAUUACCAACGGGAAUGCCAAUACAGCUGCAGCGCUGAAGGCGGCUAACAAUGUGGGAGCAGGAUCCAAUGCCACAGAUUCGAAUGCACCCAACGCCACAACCACGACGACAAAGUCGACGUCCCUCUUGCCCGAGCAGACGCAACAGGUGGCGGCAGUUUCUCAAUAGUGCCGCCCAGCCAGUGGACAACCACUUUAAAUAAAAAUUGAUAGAAACGAAUUGAGAUGAAAGUAAAUAUCCUAUUCUUUGCAAAGCUAAUUAUUCGAAGCAACCCAAUCAACCGACCGACCGAACGAUCGACGACACACAGGCUCUUAUUAUCAGGAAUUUCGAGUUAUGGAUCUAACGGCAUAAUAUAUUUGUAUAAUUAAAAUUAGUGUUAUAAUUCUCACGACGUCCUCGGGCGCACUCCGCUGCCCGCCCACCACACCGUGUGCUUGGCGAUAAUGAUUAACGCUUAACGACUAGCGACUGUGAAUGUGAAUGUGAACCGGCCAUCUGUUAGGUUUUGUGUAAAUGGCUGGUUCCAACGCCUUUCGCUGAGCAGAAAACACGGUUAUGAUAACGAGGAGAUAAUGGCACGCCUACAUACAUACAUAUAUUUAGUAAUAGAUGAGAAGAACAUAGUAAGCAUAAGUUUAUGAAAAAGCUACAAAAAACAAAACAAAAAAUUUACCAGAAACACGGAGAAUUAGCGGAGGAGUCGUUAACAAUAAUGAAAUUAAUGGAGCAAAAUAAUUAAAUCCAUGGAAUUCCCAAAACUUAAAUAAAAGCUAAUUAACAUGUUUUUAUUUGAAUGAAAGAGAAAAGAAAAACAAUUGUAAUACUGUAUUUCUUGUGGGCAUAAAAGAUCGACCAACACUCGAACCGUUUUACUAGCAUUUAAUUAUAUUAUUUAAGAGCAUUUUAAAUAUGAAAAUGAAAAUAAAAUCGGCAGCAAUGCUUGUUGGAAAAGCACAAUUGUAAAAAGUCAAUCCAGCGCAGUUCAAGAGUGAAAAGUCAAGUCUCCAAAUGAAAAUGUAAAAGAAACAGUAGCAAAUUUUUCAUUAUUUAGAAGUCAGCCAGAAAAAGUCGAAAAGUUUUUGUACCGUUUAUUUUUUCUGAUCUCGGUUGGGCUACAAAAGUGCACAGUUUUUUGCAACGCCUGCAAUGGAAUUUAUACUUACGAUUUGAAACGAUACGAUGUUCUCGAUGUAAAUGUUAAGAUUGUGUGAUCACUGGCAGCUCCGGUUGAAAUCGAGGCCUUGAAAACCGAGUAAAAUUACGUGUGUGCAUGCAUAUGUUUCCAGCUGAAGUCCUUUAGAUAUUUGUUUGUUAUCCUUGUAUCCAGAUAUAUAUAUUUGUAUUGAAUUCAGCACAAACCGCCGAGUGCCGAAUAGAGUCCAAGUUUGGUUAUCGCAGGACAGUAGUUAACACGCACUUUCAGAAACUGAGGAGGAGGAUUCACCACACAUUUCAAUAUUAUGUAAUCAUAAAUUAUGUAUCUAAUUGUAUGUAAUAUGUAUAUCUCCAUAUAUGCUCACCCUGAUUAGCUCUACAUAUGUAUGUAUGUAUAUAAAUACGCAAUUAUCGAGUUAAACACGGCAAACACGUUUCGCAAGUAAUGGCUAAAUUGUAAAGACUACCACAUAUUGAAAUUAAAACUUAAUACCAUGUAAUAAAAGAUAAUUGAAUUCAACAGUAA